AUGUGCCAAAUCUGGCAUUUCGAACUGGAGAUGCUUUUGCAUCUACCGUUCAUGCUGCGCGCCGCAACUGAUCGACGAUAUGAAUAUUCGCGCAUAUCCUGCCUGACUGCAGGCCGAAAUCUGAUCAAGAGAUGGAUUUCCAUUUGUGAAUGUCAUGAUACGCUUCUCUUCUCCAACCUCCUCGAGUUUCAGGCUUUCACGGCAGCGACAACUAUUCUUCUGGGUCUCCUCGGCGCCAAAGAAAGCACGGAUCAAAAUAUCCUACAAGAGCGAUAUGAGGAUACUCGCCUUGUAGAGACGAUUGUUCAGAACUUUGAGAGACUUCAGCAGCAUGGUGCUGUGAUGUCGGUUGGUACCCAGAGCAUCUCAGUCAUUCACACGCUUCAACGGUUCCUUCGUGGGGAAACCCAGUCGGACAAAAUGCGUCUUGAAAUCCCCUUUUUCGGAGUGAUACGGAUUGCGCGUGGUGGUGCCGUGCAGCCGUUAGAAGGCGAGCGGAUUGUCGGAGCAAAUGCAUGCCAAAAUCCCUCCUUUCUUAGGCCUGCUGAAUCCGAUGUUUCUUCUUCUAGAAUGGGAGCAGAAUACACACCGAGUCUUAAUACUCACACCAGGAAACGGAUGUUUCAUGAAACAGAUGCAAAUGAAGGGAGUCAUGCUGGUGAUAGUGUGGAGACGGAAGAUACUAUUUUGCAGAUUUCUGGUGGUCAUUUUCAAUUUCCCGAGAUACCGGGCAUCCAAGAUGGUCUUGAUGCCAGUGAUUGGUCUUUUGGAGAAGAUGAUCUGGUUUUCUUCGACAGCUUGGUGAACACAGAUUUGGUGGGUAAUUGGAUACUCUAG